AUGAGAUCAAUUCGAUAUUCCAGUAAUAGAAAAAAAAUCUAUUCAAGAGACAAUUAUACUGAUCUUGGGAAUUCAAACAACGCAUCAAUGACUGUUGUGGUGAGCACACCAACUAUCAAGGGUGAAGAUACCUUGUAUGCUAAUUCAGAUUGCUUAAGGUUAACUCCUGUGAAUUUAAAUUGUCUAACUUCUCCAAUAAGAAGUACAAGUAAAAAUAAUGAUGAAACUGUUACUUCAAAUACCAUAUACACUGAAAAUUUCAAUUUGAUAUCUAGACAGUUGGAGAAACUGCUAGAAGAUUUAAAUGUUAUAUACAAUAGGAUUGGAUACUCAAAUUCUGAGAUACUCAAUAAAGAAAGAUUGAUCUUCAGUACCUUAUCUGAUUCCAUUACAGAAUAUUUUGAACAAGCUGAUAAAGAUAUGAAUGAACUUAUAACAGGGAAUCACAUAGAACAAGAAAUGUUGAACAAGAUUUUAGAUAUCAUUAACGAUUCUAAUGGGACUCAAACUAUACCAGAUCUAUACAUUAGGAAUUCGAUAUUAAUACAACAAAGUAAAACUGUCCCUUUAUCUCCUAAAAAAGAAGCAUCUCUGUUGAGUAAGAGAAAGGUUUUAAAGUCAGCAAGAAGAUAUAUUUUCAACUCCUAUAUACCCAAACUUUUGAAAUUUUUACAGAAAGCAAUUGUAUUACAGAAAUUAAUGUCUUCAAUAAAUGAUAACAGAGAAAAAGAUUUUAUUCCCCAAGGUGCUUAUGAUAUUAUAUCUAAUAUUCCAUCACUGGAUUUGAUGAAAAAUUUACUAGAAAAAAUUAAUGAAUCAAAAGACAACUUUGAGAUGAUAUCAACUCUGAUUCAAGAUAAUAAUAAAUUGUUACUAGAUGAUGAAUGUUUCCAUGAUAUAUCAAAAAAAAUGUUAGAUAAUAUUUCAGAGACAACGGAAAUUUUUGAAAAAGAAUACGAUAACAGAUUGACAUUAAUAUGUUCAAUUGCCAAAAAAAUAUCGAAACUAAUAACUGAUUUGAAAAUCGACGAGAAUACUCUUGAUCUUGAGACAGCUAAUAACAUAAGAAUUUAUGCAGAAUACAAAUUAACUAAUACUGAAGAUAGAAUACUGGUACGAACAAGUAUUAUAAAGAAAUUAGAAAAGAUACUGCAGAAUUAUGAAUUGAUAUAUAAUGAAAGACAGGAACAAAGAAAUGAGCUAUUGUUAAAAUGUCAGUCCCUAUGGAUCAAGCUCAAAGUUCCUGACCAUCAAAUAAACGAAUUUAUUGAAAAUAAUCAAGGACUUUCUGUACAAGUUAUAAACUCCUAUCAGAAUGAACUAAGUAGACUGGAAAGCAUGAAAAAGAAAUUGAUUAAGACAUUGAUCGUAGAUUCAUGGACAAAAAUAGAAGAAUUAUGGUCGACUUUACAGUAUACUGAUGAAGAAAAGUCUAGUUUUGUAACGAAAUUCGCCAAUCUUAAACAAAAUGCAACAACAUUAAAAGAUGAUGAAGAAUUGUUGGAUGUAUGUGAAAAUGAAUCAAAAAUUCUUGAAAAAAAAUUGGCAGUAUACAAACCAGUCUUAGAAUUAUAUGAAGAAUUUAAAUCAUUACAGGAUGAUAACAUAGCAUUGGAAAAAAGUUCAAAGGAUUCUUCAAGGUUGUUAUCAAGAAAUUCUCACAAAAUAUUAUUACAGGAGGAAAAGACAAGAAAAAGGAUUACAAGACACUUCCCUAGAGUAAUUGAAGAAUUAAAAAUUAAAUUAGAUGAGAUGGAAGAGUUAUUUGGUAAACCAUUUAUGGUGCAAGGGAAAAAGCUAUAUACAAUCGUGCUUCAACAAGAAGAAGAAUUGAUAAGUAAAUACCCAAGGAUUCGUCUAAAUACAAGUACGAGGAAGAAACCAAGUCCAUCAAGGAAAUCUUCGAGAGAUCUAGCUGAGAAUAAACAACCGAUAAGUUUAAAAGUGGAAAAGCGUAAAAGCCCAAGUAUACAAGGUUCUAAUAUAAACACAACAAUUUCGGCUGAAUAUGGCAUGGUACAUAAAACUCCAAUUCGUGCUGAGUUAAGUUCGACAAUAGAUACUUCAACAAUCUUAUCAAAAUUAGAUGAUAGUCAUAAUUAUAACAGGUACAUGAAAACUACAAGAUUGAUUAGUCCACCAAAACAAAUGACACGUCUUUUACAGCCUACCAUUAUCAGUAAAAAAGAACCAUCUAAUAUAUUAGAAGAUAACGAAAAUGAAGAUAAUAUAGAUACUUAUACAUCCUCGAAGAAGCCAUUAAAGGCUAGAAAUGGGUAUAUUCACCCAACUCGAUUAUUCCCAAUUUCCAUUAGUAAAUUAAAUCAAAAGGGGAGUCAGAUUCCAGUAUUAAUCAAAAAUUUAAAUGAAAACCCUAAUGUGUCUGAAAGGGAAGGUGAAAAGGAAAACGUUCAACACAAUUUGCUAGAUACAAAUGAAAAACAACAUUUUAUUCGUGGAGGUGCAUUGAUAAAGAGUAAUUAUAGUAGUCCAUAUAGAGAACCUGACAAUAGUAUUUAUAAGAUUUCUAUGUCACCAGAUGGGAAGUGUCAGUUAAAUGUCCAAGAUGGUGUAGAUAGUGGAGUAGACGACACAAGUAUAAUGGAUGAAGAUAAUGAUAAAAUAUUUAUGACAUGGAAAAGAGAGCAACUUUCGAAACUUAACGGCAUUACUAAUUCUAAUAUUUUACCGGAGGAACAUAUUAAUUGGAGUACUGACGUAUUAUAA